AUGGCUCAUAACAUGGGAAAAGAAGCAUUCCCGCUCUUUCAGUACGAUGAGUUCGACGUAGCCGCUCUCUGCCACCUCGCGAGCGAGAUGCGACGGGGUGUUUCGUGCACAUGUGACUUGAAUCAGCGUCCGAAACGAGGCGGCUAUAACUGGGCUGUUUUCGUUUCCUUCGAAGAUGGCGUUGAAUGGGUUUUCCGCUCGCCAGUGAAGAAUCACCCCGGGCUAUCUGGCGAGAGCGUUGUCAAACUCCUUCUAAGCGAAGCCGCCACGCUCAAAUACCUCAAAGUCUACACAGACAUACCUGUUCCUGAUGUUUACUCCUAUUGUGCCUACCCGAACAACCCGCUCCGGAUCCCAUACAUUUUGAUGAGCAAGGCGGAGGGCAAGUCGUUGGAAACAAUGUGGAAGGGCAAUAAUUUCAACGAUCAUCUGGAUUCACUCGAAGUCAACAAAGUAAUGUCUCAACUUGGCCACAUUACUUGGAAACUUGCCCAAGUCCGAUUUGCCCAAAUUGGGUCUCUAUUUGAAGAAAAUGGAUAUUUCGUCAUUGGACAAUGCCUAUCAAAAGGCCAUGUACGACAUAACAGACAGUCCUUGGGAGGAAUUCCUCGUGGACCUUUUAUUAGCGAGAGUGAAUUCUACCUCAGCCUCAUAGCGGCUUUGAUCAAGCACGCCGAAACGCUGCCGCUGGGGCACCAUUGCUUCGCUGCACCGGUACCCUCUAGGAAUGACUACCCCAACAAGGAUAUGUGGCGGGAUGCCUGCGAUCUUCGGAAUGACUUCGUCACUGUUGGGCAAAAGGUCGACGGCGCUGCAAAUAGAGUUGACUAUGUUAUUGCUGCUCAUGCGCUCAAUUAUUUGAUCUCUCAAUAUUCAGGCAACUGGUCCGGAAUCACAUAUCCGGUCAGCUUUGCACUCUGCCACCCAGAUCUCACUAUGAGCAACAUAUUUGUCGACGAUCAAUGCAAUAUUACGUGCAUCAUCGACUGGGAAUUCACCACAACUGUGCCCCUCCCCUUGCUUCUGUCACCUCCCGGGUUCCCUCAAUCGCGACACAGGCUUGAUGAUACAUUCUACGUUGGUUUCAGAGAUGGCUUCAAAGAUGCAGCGGGACCUGAUGCGCAGAGCCCAGCAAUGGGCUUGUCUGUCCCCAAAGCUAUCGAGUGUGUCAAAAACAGCAAAUUUGCUUGGUGUCUCACAAGGUUUCUCGCAUUUGAUUCUACUGACGACAUUGCCCUUUUUCGUACCAUGUGGGAAUCAGUCUACCCAUCGCACCAGAAGCUCGAGUCAUAUUUCUUCUCACAAAGAGUUCUACCGUAUUAUCGAACCCUGUACAAAAAGAUUAGACAAGAGGACUUGUCGGAACCUCAGAUCCGGAAGACAGAGACCGACCUUUUCACCAAACCAAUGACCUUCGAGCUGUCUUUGGCUCGCCAUUUGACAAUGAUUUCAGACUGGGGAUUCAACUAUGACCCGCACAAAUGUGCUGGCCUCCGAGAUACAGGCCAGAUAUUCAUAGCUGAGCGACGGCUCUGGCAAUGGAUUUUGGAAUACAAAAAGCAACAACGCGACAGGAUCGGCUUCGAAGAGUGCGAGUUCUAA